AUGGAACCACGCAAGCAUAAAAGAAAGCCACAGGUAGGGGAUAGAUAUACCUCAUCUAUACCAUGGGUAGUCUCGACAUGGCACACAACUACAGUCGACCUUUUCCUUGACCGCAGCUGGCAAACGGCGACUCUAGAGUUCCUAGAAGAUCCAACCCGUGUGCCUGCCACGGUUUACUACCUCACACACGGGUUCACGUGGAACACUCGACUCCCCGAGUUGGCGGCUCCAGGAGCGCCACUGCAGACUUCCGGAGAAGUCGCAGUCUCCAUGACAAUCGUGUACCCAACGACAACACAAGCUCUAUUCAUAUAUGGAAUUCUAGACAUAUCGGCAACUUCCACUCUUUCUUCUCUCGCUGCAGCCUCCAGUUCAGCGAGCAGAGCUCUAGUGACCACGUCCCAGACAUCGGCGCAGCAACAAAGUAGCCCAACGACAGGUCAGCAAGCAGCUACAACAACCGCGGCCAAUGGCAAUGGCAACGGCAAAGACAAUAACUCAAGUCUAAGUAGCGGCGCAAUCGCUGGCAUAGCUAUAGGAGGUGUACUAGUCCUCGCACUUAUCAUCGGAGGAUGGUUCUUCUGGCGGCGUCACAAAUGCACAAGGGCAGCGGGUUCAAGUUCCAGGGAUGACAGACCAGCCAGAAGAGACGGAGAGAUAUCAGAAAUUGAUACAAAGCAUCCUCCGCAAGAAAUGCCAGGGAAUCACCAAACACAGGCGCAAGAGCUGGAUCCCACACAUUCUGCCAUGGUCGCAAUGAUUGGGACUCAUAAGCUCAAAGCCGACUCGGAGCCUAGUGAAUUACCGAACGGUCGAGGAUAUCACUAUGAACCAGCUCAUGCGCUCAAUCCCAAUACUCGGCCUGGGGGGCUACCAAAUGGCGAGACGGGACGGACAUUACCAGUGCGUCAUCAGGAUCUGGAGCCUGCUGCCGAGACGACGGAAACGACAAGCAAUGCGACGUCACAGAACGUUGAGGCGCAAAGAAGAAGAGAAAUGGAAUGGCUAGAGAUGGAGGAGGAGAGGAUACGGAAACGACGGGAAAUGCUUGCUAUGCAAGGAGGGGGGAAGACAUGA